AUGAGCGAUUAUACCCCAGAUGUUGGAAAACCACCCCAAUCCAUUGCACAACCAUUAUGCAUCCACUCCCGAUUAGAGGAGCGAUUUCGUGAUCCGGGCCUGCAGGUUAUUUUCGAGGUCUCGCGCAUCGAUUUCACACCAAAGGAACCCACUUGCUCUAAAGAACCAGACUUUCACGUUGAAGGAUUCGCGAAUGAACAUAUCGUCGCAACAGCCACACACAUCAUCGAAGCCGAGAACAUCACCGAUGUUCAGUUCACGUUCCAAUAUGAAGAUGAAACACAUCCGAGCGAGUACGUCUGCCCGAAUCCGCUUGUGAUGGAAAAAUUCUCGCCAUCCCUUUCUUUGAUUAAUACAAGGGAGAUUAUCGGGCCGACCACACUUUUGGCUCUGUCCGUGCAGAUAUGGCCUGGAUCAUGA